GUGAGUUUCAUGAACUUUAAAAGUGAGGUUAUGAAUCUACGUUGUUAUGUGAUUACUUUUUACCAAAAUUAUAUCUAUAAAGCGACUAUGUGCAGGAAAAAAGUUCGAAGUGACAGACAAUUUGAUAACGUGGAUUACGCACAACUUGCAGAAACCGAUAAUGAUUUCUUUGAUUCACAAUUUGUAAGCCCACCAAUAAAAAUACCAUGGAAGGCCAUUAUGUUAGCAGUUCUCCUAUUCAUUGGAGGCACUAUCAUGCUCAUAAUGGGAAGCUUGAUUGUGAGUGGACACAUUGAUUCAAAAUAUUCAGAUCGGAUAUGGCCAGUGAUAAUUUUAGGGGCCUUGAUGUUCAUACCAGGAGCUUAUCAUAUGAGGAGAUUAAGGCUGCGGUUCACUUGCUUCUUCCAAAUGUUCUGAACGUUACGCUCCAAACGCUACGCUCCGAUUGGUCCAUUAUUGUUCUGAAUGCUAGAAUUGCUACGUGGUAUGGUGAAUACUCCAAUCAACCUACUUCCCGAGAAGAGGCAGUUUGAGCGAAGCGGGAGCAAAUAUGAUGACGUAUUAAUAAUGUAAUCAGAAUUGCUGGGAACGUCCCGAAGCAUCAAAUGGACC